AUGGUUUCCUCAGAUUCUAUAUUUGCCUCUCUUGCACCGUACUUACUCUCAGCAUUGCUUCUAUACCUUCUGCUCGAGCAACUCUCUUAUCUUGUCAAGAAACGUAACCUCCCUGGCCCUCUCUUCGUCACUCCCAUCAUUGGAAACGUCGUUGCACUCCUCCGUGACCCGACUUCAUUCUGGAACAAGCAAUCCGAAAUGGCAAACACUCCUGUUGGCCUCUCCGCCAACUACCUCAUUGGAAAAUUCAUCAUCUACAUCAAAGACGCAGAGCUUUCCAAUAAAAUCUUCUCCAACAUUCGUCCUAAUGCUUUCCACCUUGUCGGACAUCCAUUUGGCAAGAAGCUUUUUGGUGAUUAUAGCCUUAUCUACAUGUUCGGAGAGGACCACAAAUCUGUUCGCCGUCAUUUAGCUCCUAACUUCACCCCCAAGGCACUCUCCAUCUAUUCUACCCUCCAACAAUUUGUUAUCCUCCGUCAUCUACGGCAGUGGGAGAAAAGUUUUUCCGGCAAGUCUAGGCCAGUGUCAUUGCGAGAACUCAUACGCGAACUAAACCUCGAGACUUCUCAAACGGUUUUCGUUGGACCAUACUUAGACAAGGAAGCUAGGAACAUGUUCCGUACUGAUUACAAUAUGUUCAAUCUCGGAACAAUGGCACUGCCAAUCAACCUCCCUGGCUUCACGUUCGGUGAGGCUCGCCAAGCAGUAAUUAGGCUAGCGGAUACACUUGCUGUUUGCACGGGAAAAUCAAAACUAAAGAUGGCGGCUGGGGAGGAGCCAACAUGCCUAAUCGAUUUCUGGAUGCAUUCGAUCAACCAGCAGAUUCGGCCGCCUCCACACUCGGAAGACAAAGAGAUAAGUUGUUUGCUCGUCGAUUUUUUGUUUGCCUCGCAAGACGCGUCCACAUCAUCACUCCUUUGGGCAGUGGUGCUUCUUGAGUCAGAGCCAGAAGUGGUAAGAAGAGUUAGGGAGGAAGUUGCAAGGAUUUGGUCGCCUGAGUCCAACGAGUUGAUAACACCGGAUCAGCUCGCGGAGAUGAAGUACACGCGGUCUGUGGCUCGUGAGGUCCUUAGAUACCGACCACCAGCAAGUAUGGUUCCACACGUUGCUGUUGGUGACUUCCCUCUCACGGAAUCGUACACAAUCCCUAAAGGUACGAUUGUUUUUCCUUCCGUUUUCGACGCCGCGUUUCAAGGGUUUACUGAACCAGACCGGUUUGAUCCUGACCGGUUUAGCGAGACAAGGAAAGAGGAUCAUGUGUUCAAACGCAAUUUCCUAAUUUUUGGAUCGGGCUCGCACCAGUGCGUUGGCCAGCGGUAUGCCCUGACCCACCUCGUACUCUUCAUUGCCAUGUUCACGUCCGUGUUUGAUUUUAAGAGGGUCCGAUUAGAUGACUGCGAUGAUAUUGUGUAUUGCCCCACGAUGUCCCCCAAGGACGGGUGCACGGUGUUCUUGAGACGACGAGGAGACGGUCACCCCGGUGUUUCAAUCGCCGGACAGAGGAGAAGACGAUGAGGAAAAAAAAUCUCUCGUGAAAUCGCCUGUUUGAUUUUUCAGAGAGAAGAAGAAAAGUAAAAAAUAAACGUCGAAUGAAAUAAAAAAAAUUAAACAUUUCUUUCGUUUACGAGCUGACACGUCAGCAGAAGAACACACAUGAAGAACAGAUCUUAAUUAAGAUCAUUUCAUCUAAUCUUGUGGGCACUAUUCACUAAAUUUUAAUUUUUAAAAGCCCAAGAUCAGGUGA